AUGGCGAAUAGCGCGAUGCCGUGGGCAUAUCAGGCCGUCGUGAGUUAUUCCCGCAUGAACGCAGCCGCUAAUCGGGGCGGUGUGUUGCGGGCCGCCAAGUGCGGGGGUUUGUCCCUGGAACAACAGUCACCGGCUCCGAACCUUCUCCUCUCGCAGUCGGCCAAUGACGUUCGGCGUGCUGUUUGGCUGCUCCACCGUCCCAGGGGUGUGCUGGGACUCGUGGUCAGCCCUCGGCCGGGCACGCACUACGACUCCAUGCCUCACGAGGCGGCUCCUUUGGGCUCCCCAGGCGUGAAGCGAGUGAUGCGCCACCUGCGCUCCCUCUCAUUCCGGGUGGCGGGCGAUGGCCCGACGUGCCCGCCCAUGGUGGUUCAUAAGAAUCACUUAAUUGGCUGGUGCCUUGGCGGAAAGGCCGCCCCCCUCUACGCACACACCAUAGACGAGCUUGCACGGCUGAAGCCAGGGCGAAUAAAGACGUUGUCACCCGAAAAUGCCUUUGUGUGCGUCAACUACUAUGAGUGGGACGACUGGCGGGAGGUGUCGAUGGAGCCUGGCUGGUCGUGGCACCACGCGGAUGAGCACGUCGCCAACGGUCUGGUAAGCGGCCAACUGUCCCCCGACGAGCUCCACAAUUUGGCCGCCGAGGUGGCAUAG